AUGUCGUCACCUUUCGGUGGACGCGGUACUUACAGAGGCUCUGCUCGUAGGGGCGGUGGAGGCAGUGACCAUACUCGCGGUAGCUUUGGAAGUACUCGCGGUAGUUGUGGAAAUGCAAUGGUCGAUCUAUCUAGUAAAAUGAAUGAUCCGUUUAGUGCAGUAAUUCAAAAUCCGGUUGCUACGGACAAGACAAAUGAAGCUGAACGCCCUGUCAAGAUUGAUCAAGCUACCACUAUCACUUUUCUUAAUAAAACAGAAAUGGUCGAUCUCAUAGUAGGCCCUGAAGAAGCUCUUUUUCGAGUCCAUAAAUCCUUUCUCUGCAACAAGAUACAAUACUUCGAUAAAAUGUUUAACGGUGGAUUUAAGGAAGCGAAAGAGAAUUCGGCAAAAUUUCCCGAGGACCUUCCUGAGUCUUUUGACAUACUUAUUGAGUGGGUAUACUCUGGACACGUUCGAUUUUAUGAGGUCGGGGAUAAUGCCGGCCCGGAGAACUGGAAUUUCCUAUGCUUUUACGCAUUAGCAGAAAAGCUUGGUCUCACUCAGUUGGAGGAUCGUGCACUGGACAUUUAUCGACACAGUUGUAGAGCUAAGAAUUCAAACUUUGGCAUGGACUGGGCUACAAAGGCAUACCAAAUCACUCCAGAAGGAGCAGCACUUCGACGAUAUACUAUCCAAGUGUUGGUUUGGAGAUUUCACACCCAAGAAAAUUUGGGUUCCAAUCUCAAUGACCAUUUCAUCAAGGCAAUGCAAAGCGACAAUGAUCUCUUUACAGACUUCAUGCUUGCACUUCGCAGACAUGUCAAAGUGGGAGCACCAACAGAUCCGAGAGUCAUUGAUCCAAAGAUUCCUGCCACCAAAUGCGAGUACCACAAUCAUACAAAGGACGAGGAAUGCUAUAGGCAUAACAGAACUUGA